AUGGAGGACCAGGGCGACUGCAUCCUCACCUUCAGCUCGUACGAAGAAUACGUGAAGAGCAAAAUAACUCCAGCGGACUUGUUCUACAUCGAGGAUGAACAACUCGUGUUCGACAUAUUCUCACUGGGACUCCAAAGCAGGGGAGUACUAAGCUGCGAAGACUUCAAUAGCAUUUACCAAAAAAAAAAAAAAAAAAAGGAGAGUUUGAACAAGGCGGAAGAAAGAGAAGCAGACAUCGUACAAUACGACAUAAACUCUCUAACUGAUCACACAAUGAACUUUUUUUACGCAAUAAAUUGCCACAUGCAUUUCUGUGAAGAAAAUAAAAUCUGUUCUAUCCUCUUCAUCCGUUAUGUUAAUAAGAACCACUCGGAGAUCAGCUCGUACAUAGACAUCAACACUCAAAAGGUCAGGCAGAAAAUAAAUCAGAAAAGGUACAUUUACGCAAGCAAAGAUGACUUGGCAUAUUUCAACUGGCACAAUAAUUACAGCUGCACGAAUGAUAGCGAGAAUUUCGAGAUGGUCGUGAAUAAACAAGUGGGUCUCCUUUUUAAGUACAGACGUGGUGGGGAUGGGAAGUACUUCAUUUUGAAUCCUGUGCGGAGAGAGACGAAGAUUCGGCUGAGCGAUAAUAUAAGCCAGGGUCGUGCCUCGGUCGGGUUGUCUCCCGGGGAGGAAGAAAAAAUGAUAAGUUUGUGCGGCGGGGUGGAACGCGUGGAGCUGCGCGACGCGAACUACUUGCAGUGCAUCCUGUACGUAUUGCGUGUCUAA